UCAGAGGGAGAUGUUUGCAUGGAGCAGCUGAAGCCUGCGCUCAGGUACACACAGCCAACCAGAGCGCAGGAGGGAGUGCUCAUGAGAGAGGAGGCGGGGCUCCCCGGCGCACACACAGCACACCUUCAGAUGGAGAUGAAGUAGAAGCAGCAGCAGUCGAGCCACAGAGCAACAACAGCGCCUGUUCCGCGGAUAGGGAGGCUUUUCUCUUCAGCGGAGACAGGUGACGGACUCUCUCCUAGCUGCCUCUGCGUCCUUCGGUGGACAUUACCGCUGUUUCACUUACCCCCCCCACCCCUCCUCGUGCGCACCCUGCGUUUGUCUCAAUAGAUGUUUCUCAACUACACGACCUGAUCACCUAAGCCCGGUCCAACACGAUGGAAAAUGCGCACACUAAAACAGCGACCGAAGUUUUGGACAACUUCGGCGUGAACGAAAACACUGGGCUGACUCUGGAGCAGGUCAAAGUCAAUUUGGAGAAAUAUGGACCUAACGAACUCCCAGCUGAAGAAGGGAAGUCCCUGUGGGAGCUGGUGGUGGAGCAGUUUGAGGACCUCCUGGUCAGGAUCCUGCUGCUGGCUGCCUGCGUUUCCUUUGUAUUGGCUCUGUUUGAAGAGGGAGAGGAGACAACCACCGCCUUUGUUGAGCCUCUUGUCAUUCUUCUUAUCCUCAUCGCCAACGCUGUUAUCGGAGUGUGGCAGGAGAGAAACGCUGAGAAUGCCAUUGAGGCUCUGAAGGAGUACGAGCCAGAGAUGGGGAAGGUUUACCGCAUGAACCGCAAAGCCGUGCAGAGGAUCAAAGCAAGAGACAUUGUUCCUGGAGACAUAGUUGAGGUGGCAGUUGGUGACAAGGUGCCUGCUGACAUCAGAGUGACCUCCAUAAAAUCCACCACGCUGCGAGUGGAUCAGUCCAUCCUCACAGGGGAGUCCGUGUCCGUCAUCAAACACACUGACCCUGUUCCUGACCCCCGAGCCGUCAACCAAGACAAGAAGAACAUGCUGUUUUCUGGCACAAACAUCGCUGCAGGUCGAGCUAUCGGUAUUGUCGUUGCUACCGGAGUCUCCACUGAGAUCGGUAAAAUCCGUAACCAGAUGGCCGCUACAGAACAAGAGAAAACACCGUUGCAGCAGAAGCUGGACGAGUUUGGCCAGCAGCUCUCCAAGGUCAUCUCUCUGAUCUGCGUGGCUGUGUGGGUGAUCAACAUCGGACACUUCGGAGACCCCGUUCAUGGUGGGUCCUGGGUCAGAGGAGCCAUCUACUACUUUAAGAUCGCUGUGGCGUUAGCUGUGGCUGCUAUUCCAGAGGGGCUACCUGCCGUCAUCACCACCUGCCUGGCCCUGGGGACUCGACGCAUGGCGAAGAAGAACGCCAUUGUACGCAGUCUGCCGUCAGUGGAGACUCUGGGCUGUACGUCUGUUAUCUGCUCAGACAAGACGGGAACCCUCACCACCAACCAGAUGUCUGUCUGCAGAAUGUUCGUCACUGACAAAGUGGAGGAUUCAAACUGCACCCUUCAUGAGUUCUCCAUAACUGGAUCUACGUAUGCUCCUGAGGGACAAAUACUGAAAGGAGACAAGCCGAUCCAGUGUGGCGACUAUGAUGGACUCCUGGAGUUGGCCACUAUUUGCUCCAUGUGCAACGACUCCUCGCUGGACUACAAUGAGGCCAAGGGAGUGUAUGAGAAGGUGGGAGAAGCCACAGAAACGGCUCUAACAACCUUGGUGGAGAAGAUGAACGUCUUUAAGACUGACCUGUCUGGACUCAGCAAGGUGGAACGAGCCGGUACCUGCAACGGGGUCAUCAGACAGCUGAUGAAGAAAGAGUUCACCCUGGAGUUUUCUCGUGAUCGCAAGUCCAUGUCUGUUUACUGCACCCCUGUGAAGCCUGGAUCUCAGAGCAAGAUGUUCGUCAAGGGCGCUCCAGAGAGUGUGAUCGAGCGCUGUCAGUACCUGAGGGUGGGAACAAGGAAAGUGACACUCACACCUGCUCUGCGUGACCAGCUGAUGUCUAAGAUCAGAGACUGGGGGACAGGAAGGGACACACUGCGCUGUCUGGCUCUGGCCACACAUGACAGUCCGCCACGUAAAGAGGACAUGGACCUGGAGAACUCCAGCAAGUUUGCACAGUAUGAGCUGGGUCUCACCUUUGUUGGCUGUGUGGGCAUGCUCGACCCACCCAGGAAGGAGGUGAUCGGUUCAGUGAAGCUGUGCAACGAGGCGGGAAUACGAGUAAUCAUGAUCACAGGAGACAACAAGGGCACAGCUGUGGCCAUCUGCAGACGGAUCGGCAUCUUCUCCGAGGAAGAGGACGUGGCCGGAAAGGCUUACACGGGUCGGGAGUUUGAUGAUCUCCAGCCAGAGGCCCAGAGAGAGGCGGUGAAACGGGCGAGGUGCUUCGCCAGGGUGGAGCCGGCUCACAAGUCAAAGAUUGUAGGAUACCUGCAGUCGUUUGAUGAGAUCACAGCCAUGACAGGAGACGGGGUGAAUGAUGCCCCGGCCCUGAAGAAAGCAGAGAUUGGAAUUGCCAUGGGCUCUGGUACAGCAGUGGCAAAGUCGGCGUCAGAGAUGGUUCUGUCUGAUGAUAACUUCUCCACCAUUGUGGCUGCUGUGGAGGAGGGCAGAGCAAUCUACAACAACAUGAAGCAGUUCAUCAGAUACCUUAUCUCCUCCAACGUGGGAGAGGUCGUCUGCAUCUUCCUGACCGCCAUCCUGGGUCUCCCUGAGGCUUUGAUUCCAGUCCAGCUGCUGUGGGUUAAUCUGGUGACCGACGGCCUGCCAGCCACUGCUCUGGGCUUUAACCCCCCAGACCUGGACAUCAUGGACAAACCGCCCCGGAACCCCAAAGAGCCCCUCAUCUCAGGCUGGCUGUUCUUCAGAUACCUGGCCAUUGGAGGUUAUGUGGGUCUUGGGACAGUGAGUGCUGCAACAUGGUGGUACCUGUUUGAUGAAGAAGGACCACAGGUGUCUUUCUAUCAGCUGAGACACUUCAUGCAGUGUACGGAGGAUAACCCCAUGUUCAAGGGCAUCGACUGUGAGAUCUUUGAAUCCCGCUACCCCACCACCAUGGCGCUGUCUGUGCUGGUCACCAUCGAAAUGUUCAACGCUCUCAACAGUUUGUCUGAGAACCAGUCCCUGAUCAGGAUGCCUCCCUGGGUCAAUAUUUGGCUGCUGGGUGCCAUCAUCCUCUCUCUUUCCCUCCACUUCUUCAUCCUCUAUGUGGAGCCUCUGCCGCUGAUCUUCCAGGUGACCCCUCUGCGUUGGUCCCAGUGGAUUGUGGUCCUGAAGAUUUCCAUCCCAGUCAUCCUCCUGGAUGAAGCACUAAAAUACAUGUCCAGGAACCAUAUAGAAGCCUAAACUCUUUAAUCUCACCUUCUGUGGAAAGGUGAUGACGAUAAGAAAUACCGCAGGAGAUGGCAGCUGAACUAAGACCUCUCCCUCAACACUCACACACUUAGACACAAACACCUUCUCUCCUCCUUUUAGAAACCUUUUCUCCCCCCAUCCUCGUUCCCCACUCCUGCAUGUCCGACAAACCAACCACCACUAGAAAACGAGCAGGGCUUGCAUGUGAGCGAGCGUGUGCAAGAACGUAAGAGAGAGAGAGCAUGCGUGUUUGUGCGAGCAUGGCUUUGUGGGGGUGUGUGAGAGAGUGAAAAGUGUGUGAGUGUAAGUGUGUAUGAAAAGGCAGAUGCAGGCCUGUCUUUAUAGAUGCCAGAGCAAGAAACAACCACAGACAAAAUCUAAGAUUAAACCGCCCAGGGCUCUGCUUUUUAAAGAUUUCUGCUCAUCAGUUUUCCGACUGUACAGUACAAAUAUAGUGGUGCAGAAAAUGGACUUUUCGGGGAGGGAAGGAGAGGGAGGACUGGGGAAUAAAGGUUGAUAAUAAUAUCUGGGACAGGAAGGGAGGGUUUUUGAAAUUGGCACAGAGACUGAAAGAGAGACUGAGAGGCCUGUCGUGGAGAAGAAACCGGCGAAUGAGGAGGAUCAGCAGGAAUGUGGAGGGUGAAAACAGCCAGCUUUGGAGGUGGAAUGAGAGCCAUUGUACCUGCAGGAACAUUACAAGGAGGCUCAGCCCACAAUAAUGGCAAAGCACUUCAGCCUGGCUCUGCAGGAGAUCACGGCCUUAUCAGCACAACACCAUAGUAUCUCUGGCCAGUUUGUCACAGCACCACUCUUCCUCUUCCUCUUUGUUUGUUUGCUCUCUCUGUCUCUCUUUUCUCGCUCUUUGUCUUGGAGG